AUGGCCAAGAUCAGUUUCCUACCCACCCUUGAGGAUGCUUACGGACCUUUAUCAGCUCAACAACUUGAAAUUUUAAGACAACAGGUUUUGUCUGAAGGCGGAGAGGUGGCAUCGAUUCAGUCGAGGUUCAACUAUGCUUGGGGAUUAAUCAAGUCCAAGGAACAGGACGAUCAGCGACUAGGGGUGAAAUUGCUAACAGAUAUAUAUAAAGAAUCGUCGAUGCGUAGACGUGAAUGCUUGUACUAUUUGACGAUUGGAUGCUACAAACUGGGCGAGUUUUCAACUGCAAAGCGGUAUGCGGAUGCUUUGCGGUCGCAUGAACCAGAAAAUAAGCAAGCGGUGGCUUUGCAGUCGAUGGUGGAAAGUAAAAUCCAGCGUGAGAGCCUUAAGGGCAUUGCCAUUGCAAGCGGAUGUGUGGCCGUGGCUGCAACAGUGGCAGGCAUGCUGUUCAGGAAAAAGCGUUAG